AUGGACGAGUUCAGCAACCUUUCCCUCGUCGACAAGGGAGCAGUAGUCCAUGAGAAGGACUUAGAGGCAAUUUUGGAUCUCAAAAUAUGCGAGAAUGACUUUGAAGAUGUCGACUAUAAAAAGCGUCAAAUAUCUCAAAAACUCAUGGAGAAGUUAAUGCCACAUGUACCAUCGAGCCCUUCACCACUGCGACAGUCCACGUUCCAAGAUGACUCAAACGAUGAAAUGGAUGUGGACCCUGUUGAUGUUGAAGAAGACGAUAAUCAACGCUUAAUUGAUUACAGACCUUCAGCUGACAACGAGCUGCUGGAUGAGUUAGAGUCCAUAAGUGAUGAAAGCUCGCAAACAGGACCCUCUAGUAAAGCCGUGAUUAAAGCACUUUUAUCACCAACUAGCCUGGGUGUUGCUGCCGCAACAAAACUGGAUCAACCCCCAAACGUAACCGACAAGAUCGAAAAUGAUGAUCAGUAUUCAGACUAUAAAAUGAGUCAAGACCAAGGACACAUGAACGAUCUGAAAAAUAGCACUGGUGUGAAUUUUACUUCUGGUGAAUUAAACGAGCUGCGGCAGAGAUCGCAACAACAGCCAAUUCAAAUUUCCAUAAACAACAAUCACUUUUAUUAUCCACCACCAGAUGUGUAUGCAACAGACGAGAGCUUAACUUAUGACCAGCACGACACGUUGAAAUUGCCGAACCCGUGGUCGUCAUAUUCAAAGCCUGCAUCGCGCACGUCGUAUCUCUUAACGUCAUAUCUCCAGAUUUUCCUCAACGCAUUAACAGCUUUAGUCCUAUUCUCUUUUGCGCUGAUCUUCAUGAGGUCAAUCAAGGCAGACCUGAGGUCUGCUUGGGAAGUAGCGAAAUUAGAGUUGGACCACGAAUCCAUCCAAUGCCGCAUAGAAUACGACUUAAACCAUUGCGAUCGCAGCACCAGGGUGGAAGCUUUAGAAUCACAAUGCGAGAAUUGGGGCAAGUGUAUGGCCAGAAAUAACGAUCUUUUUUUCCGCGCUAGGACCACGAUUAGUGCCAAACUUAUAGGCGACGUAAUAAACUCGUUCGUGGAACCAUUGGGCUGGAAAACAUUGUGUGUAGUCCUUUCAGGGCUUGCAAUUUGGUGCUUCAGCUCUAAUUUCCUAUUAGGUUUCGCUCGAGCGAAAAGUUAUUACGGAGGUUCAAGUCCUGGCAGAGUCGCAGGAAGCCAAAAGCCUGUCAACAAGAUCUCUAACCCUUCUUUGCUCAUGAGUCCGGACAACGAAUUGCUGGAAUAG